GUUUCAAUAUGGCGGAUGUCGUUUACUGGAGUAAAGACCGUAUCCUUUGUAAGAAUAAAACCGUGUUAACAGGCUUGACCAACAAAGGGAAUCUGCGAAUGGGGUUGAUGGGGAAAGGUCGCAGGAGUGUGGAGGGGAUAAAGAAGGUGGCAGCGCAGGUCUCUGAUGGUCCUGACGCCUCGCUGAAGGAAUCCAAGGAAGGGUUAAAGAAGGUGGUCACGCCCCAAAUCUCGGAGGGUUUGCAUCACUCUCUGAAGAAAUCUGAGGUGAGGCAGGCUACCAAUCAGAUUCUGGCUGAUGCAGCAGAAGGCAGGAGUGCUUCCCUGAAGGAUCUGUGCCCAGAGGACAAGCGGCGCAUCGCCAACCUCAUCCAAGAGCUUGCCAGGGUGAGCGAGGAGAAGGAUGAGACGGAGGAGCAACUUCGUGUAGAGCAGGAAGGCUUCUCGAAGAAGAUCCAGCAGCUGGAGGCGCAGAACGAGCUCAUCGCCAACGAGAGGGAAAGUUUGCAGGAUCAGUACCUAGAGUGUCAGGAGCUGCUCGCUCUCUACCAGCAGUACCUGUCUGAGCAGCAGGAGAAGCUGACCCGCUCCAUCUCCCAGCUCAACUUCACACACACAGCGCAGCAGCAGCAGCCCUAUGGUAAGAAAAGCCCAGCUCCACUGCCUCAGGCAGCCAUGGAUGGCUCUUACCUUGGCUUGCCUUCUCCCAGAAGGGGAUCAGGUGGGCUGAACUUUCAGGUGCUGCUUUCUCACAGAGACAAGAAGCGGGUUGCUUUAGCGAGGCAGGCACACAGCCCCCUCCAACAGGGUGCUCCUUCAGGGAGCGGUUCUGAGGACGGCUCUCCAGAGUAUUGGGGGCUCCCAUUGAGGCCACAGCUGGGGGGGAGCGAGCCUCGUCCGGGACGUCCUGAUCAGCUUAGAGAGGCUCAGCUCAUGAACGGAGAAUUGAGACACGCAGGGAUGACUGAACCACGUGUGGGCCGGCACUCUUGCCACAGGGAGGCACAGGGUUCGGGCAGGCAGGUUCCUGAGGUUUCCCUGACUGGACCGGAGCCGCCAUCCCCAGCUGACGUGGCAGAACCCCAGGGCAGCAGGGGGCUUUCAGAUGAGAGGAGGCACAAGCUGAUGCUGCAGAAGCUGGAGCUGGAGGUGGAGAGGGAGCGGCUGCAGUCUCUACUGGCACAGCAGGAGGAGAAGCUCCUUCGGCAGCAGAGGCAGCUCAGCCAAUCCCGUCUGGACUACAGCAGGUUUCAGGAUGCAGCUGUGGCAGAGCUGGAAGAAUCGAUCCAUGAUGUUCCCCUGAGGGAGCCUGGGCAGAGGGUUUACAUGAACGGCAGCACCACUCCUGGACCCAGUCUGUUCCCAGCCAAGCCAGAGAGGUGCCUCAGUGCAACCCCAGUCCAGGAGAAGAGCAGAGCGCUCCCUGUGCAGGAGGACUGGGAGGAUGGGUUCCACUCUGUUCUAGAGGAUCUGUGCAGCUCCAGAAAAGACGCUUCCACCUCUCCUGCCUUCCUUCCCACAGCCACCUUCCCUCAGCCAGACCUAGGAUACGAUGCAUCCCUUAUUGAACUGCUUGAAGCUCUGACUCCUAUUUCGACGCGCAGCCUGCAUAGCCCUUCUCAUCUGCAGAGGAGACCGCCCAUCACCCUCACCCCCACCCUACGAGGACAGAGCUCCACUCUGAAACCCCGGCCCUCGCCCUUGUGCAGGAGAUCCCCCCGGACCCACUCCUCUUCACUGGGGUAUCCCCUGGAGGAGCUGCAGGAGAGCCAGAUCCUGGAAGAAAUCUUCUUCAUCUGCUGAGGGACGCAGGAUGAACCCUGGACUGGAAAACAGCUGGGGUGGGCUGCUCGACUGGCUUUGAAUGCCUUUUAAUUACUAGGGGGAGAUGCACUGAAAUGAACUUGGACUUUUUAUUUUUAUCACUGAUAGCCAGAGUUUUCAGUAGGUCUUGGGCUUGACAGCAAUUGUAUGUACUGACAUACUGCUCAGGUGCAAUAGCUCUGUUCCGAAGCCCCACAUCCUCUUUGUAGACCAUAUAUAUAGUGUUGCCUUUAUAAUAUUUCUUUUGAAAAGUACACUAGAAGCUUCAGGUCAGGAGCAAAUACUUAUCCACACUACUACAGAUGUCUUGCCAUAUACUGUCUUGUACUGAACUGCAAUCUAAUUUAUGCACUGCUGUGAAUUUAAGCUGGUAUGCUUUAGGGGGCAUUUGUUUAUUUAAGGGAGUAAAAACAGUUGCACCAGACUAGGGAAGGAGGUUUUGAAACGGGCUUGCAACCUGUUCUACAGAUUCUGAGCUGCACUCUCAAUUAAAAUGUUUGGAUCAUUUUUAUCUACUAUGCAUCCCACCAGAAAACAUUAUGUACUAUACUGUUAGAUGUUAUAUACCCUUAUCUUGCCAUAAUGCUCCUAAAUGUUUAAAUUAACCUGUAUGUACACUGAGGUUUUAACCAAGUCAAGUUGAUUUUGAAUUUGUGUUGUGCCUUUUUAU